GCAGACCCGCGGCAGGAAAUGAAACCGAAAGGAAAUACCCUUUAAGUGUGAUGUGGCCCAGGAUUCCAGCUGGAGGAGCAUCCUUCUCGCAGGCGUCCAUCUGCUGUGCUGGUCCAGUUCCAAGUGUUUGUCUCAUUCCUGCCACAUCGUUGACAGCAUUCUGACAGGCGGGCGAGGUGUGUGAUGUACCUAACGAAGAAGGACGCCAUGAGCCUGCUGUGCUCCCUCUCGGAGGCGAAGAAGAUGAAGGUGGCAGUCAUGCACCGGCGAACCAUGGGGUUCGCUGGCACUGGGGCCUUGGUCGGGGGCCUGCUCGGGGGCCCGCCUGGAAUAGCCGUUGGGAGCGUUCUCGGGGGCCUCUUAGGGUCCUUGACGUGGAGCAUGGAGUUUAAGCCGGUCAGUCACAUCCUCAAGGAGCUGCCGCCUCCCGAGCAGGAGAAGCUCUGCAGCCACGUCGUGGCCAAAAUCGGGAGCCUGCAGUGGAGGGACGUCAAGCACCUGACCAAGCUGGUCAUGGAAGACGAGGCCCUGCAGGAGCAGCUGCUGAAGCUGCUGGAGGGCUACGUCACCAAGGAGCUGAGGUCCACCGUGCAGUACGGCGCCUAGGCUGGGGGGGGCACCUAAC